AUGCCAGCAGCCAGAAGAAGAAGUGAAUUAGAACAAGACUUGAAGUCUGUCCUGGAUGAAUUGGAUGUCUUUCAAUCCAAGGUGGAAACCUCAGACAACAGCGAUCAGGCGAAUGCCAAACUGGAAGAGGACCUGCAGAAAAUACUUCUGAAUUUGGACGACUUUCAGAUGAAGAUUGAAGAAGCGGAUGAAGAUGAUAUCGGUGCUUUGAAGGAUCUCCUGGGCGAACUGCAAGACAAACUGAUGCUGGGAGAGGAAAUGGAAGACAUCCAUCAGCCACCAUCCGCACCAACAUCCAACAGCACUUCAAACAAUAAGCACAAGCACAAGAAGAAUCGUGCACGAAAGGGAGCAACACCUGAAGCACAUUUGGAACUCUACAUGCAAAGAAGAGCCAGAAAAGGAACACACGAUCUCCCACAAGCCAUUUUGUUACAGAAAGUAAUCGAACGAAAGCAACAAAACCAACCCAAGAGUUGGUUUCAUGAUUUUCUUUCGGGGAAACAAGAACCCAUUGAAUCCCGCCGCGCGGGCCUCUUUCCUUGUCAAAAGGUUUCCUUAUGUCAAGAAGAACCCGCCUCCUCCAAGAGUACCCUCAAGGCAUCCAAUUCCAAACUGAAGGAAACCAUCGUGCGUCUGGAAGCCACCAUUGCGCAAAUGGAUCUGUCUUACCGAUCUGAUAUCAAUGCGCAUCAAGAAGUCAUCCAAAAGCUUCAAAGUGAAAACAUGAAGCUGCACGAAAAAGUUUACUCUCUAAAGCAAAAACAACAAGAACUGGUAAGAAGAGAUUCUGACGCUUCUGCCUAUGAAGAUAUUGUCAAUCAAUUGCAAAAGGAAAAUGUCCAAUUGCAUUACAAGGUAGAACUGCUAAUGUCUCAACAAGAGGAGGAUGGAGAUAUUCCUCCUGGAUAUUUAUCGUCUUCCCUCGAAGACUCGUAUUCGGAAAGUCUAUUUUUGCAAGAAAUGACCAGUCAUCAGCCGAUUUCCUCUUCUUUGUUGAAACAACGUGAGGCAUCCAAAGUGGCAAGUAGUACUAGUGGUGGGGGUUUGCCUUUUAGUAUAGUAAGAAUGCACUAG